AUGGAAAGCCUUCGCAAGAGAGUUCCAUUCAAGUCUGACACAGAGGGAGACACUGGUGAAGAUACUAGAAUACUUGACGAACAAGAGCAAGAUGAAUUAAUUGCUGAGUUCCGUGGAAAGGCGGAAAGUAUGGACAAACGAAUAUAUCGUCAAGCACAGAUCUACACAGGGAUAUCUUGCUUAUUACAUACUAUAUUCUUCUUCCGACCAUCGCUGCUGGACGAAACUCCUAUUAUGUUCGCACGAUUAUUUGCCCUUGUCAAUGUGCUGGUGCAUGUCAACCUUUUACUACUUCUGACCCCUUCGCUGGAUACCCCUGUGCACCAGCUUGCAAAGGAGACGCCGCAUCUCCCACUUUCGCCCAUACGGACCCUUUGUGUUGCGGGUGCUGCACCAAUAUUCUCCCUGAUAUCGCGCAGAGGCUGGCAACAGACCUCAUGGUGGAGUGUGGCAUUUGUUAUAACCCUACUUGUCUGGGUCAUGCAGCAGUCAAUCCAGGAAAACAAAGCGAGCCUGGAGAACCUGGAGAAACUGAAAUAUGAUGCUAAAGGAGCCUGA